AUGGCGCCCCUCAUUCUCGCCGCCUCGGCAUUGUACCUUUGUCUCGCGCAAGCAGCAUAUCCAUUCUCUCUAGCCUCCCCUGACGCCAUCAGAACCUCGGCCAGCCUCAUCGCCUGGGACAUGAUGCAGUACUACAAGGGAAACGAAUCGGGCCAGACGCCUGGCAUCCUGCCCGGACCUCCCCCCGCAGGCGCCUAUUACUGGUGGGAGGCCGGCGCCAUGUGGGCGACCCUCAUCGACUACUGGGCCUGGACCGGGGACUCGUCCUACAACGACAACAUCAUGCAGGCCCUGCAGUGGCAGGUCGGGCCCAACGAUGCCUACAUGCCCCCCAACGUCACGGCUUCCUUGGGCAACGACGACCAGGGCUUCUGGGGCUUCGCGGCCAUGACCGCCGCCGAGAUGAGGUUCCCCAACCCGCCCUCAGACAAGCCCCAGUGGUUGUCGCUCGCACAGGGCGUCUUCAACACGCAGGCCAACCCGGACAGGCACGACGACUCGUGCGGCGGGGGUCUUCGCUGGCAGAUUCCCUUUGCCAACAACGGCUACGACUACAAGAAUAGCAUUGCCAACGGGUGCUUCUUCGCCCUCGGCGCCAGGCUGUUUCGGUACACCGCCAACACCACCUUUUCCGACUGGGCCGUCAAGACGUGGAAUUGGAUAGAAGGCGUGGGUUUUCUCGACAGCGAGACGUACGCCAUUUACGACGGGGCCGGCGUCGCCAGCAAUUGUACCAAAAUCAACAAGGCCCAGUUCUCGUACAACAACGGGGUGUGGGCUCUGGGGGCUGCCUUUAUGUACAACGCUACCCAAGACCAAGUGUGGAAAGACAGAGUCGACAGGCUAGUUAACUAUGGGCUCAAAACCUUCUUCCCCGACGGCGUGGCCGUGGAAAUCUCGUGCGAAAACGUGGGCACCUGCACCACCGACAUGUUGACGUACAAGGGCUUCGUGCACCGCUGGUACUCGAUAAUCACCGAGCUGGCGCCCUGGACUCAGGCCACCAUCGCCCCCGUGCUGCGGACCUCGGCCGAGGCGGCCAUCAAGCAGUGCACCGGGGGCGCCAACGGCCGCCAGUGCGGCUUCAAGUGGGCCAGCGGCCAGUACGACGGCGUGACGGGCGCCGGCCAGGAGAUGAGCGUGCUGGCCGCCGUCUCGUCGCAGCUGGUCGGGGUGGCGGACCACCCGCCCGUGACGGAAAAGACGGGCGGCAUCUCGACCGGCAACCCUGACGCUGGCUCGGGCGCCGACAACUUUGGCAGGAAGACGUAUGCGAUUACGACCGGGGACAGGGUGGGCGCCAGCAUUGCGACGCUGCUGGUGCUGGGGGGUGCCGGGGCGGUCUUUGGGGCCAUGGUGACAGGGUGCUGA